UUUAAUUGUAUAGUGUAUUAAUUAUUUUUAACACUAUACAUCCGUAUUACAAUAAAAUAAGAUAAAACCAUAAUUCCUGUUAGCCUUAUUUACAAUUGUGAAUCAUUUUUCGAUCGGUGUUAAUAUUUUAUUUUAUUGAUAUAAUUACAAAAUAAUUUCAGAUUGCCUGAAGACAUUUUGUAUCUGAUACUUUUUUUUUGUACAUAAGUAUCAAAUAUCAAUUACAAAAAACAGGGAUGGACCAAGAAAACAUAACAGAUUCACGAAUAAUUAAUUUUCAAAAUAACCGGUUAUGUUAUGUUGGCCAAGAAGUUACAUGUAUUCCAGAAAUACUUGGGAAAAUGUAUGGAUCUAAAGUCAAGUCUUUGGAUUUAAGCUUUAAUAAUUUGACAACUUUAAAUCAUUCAGAGCUAUUUUCUGAUUUAGAAGAAUUUGUCUUGGAUAAUAACAAUCUUAAUGAUAAUAUUAAAUUACCACGUUUACCAAAUUUACAAAUACUUUCAAUGAAUAAUAAUAAUAUAACAGAUUUAGAAAACUUAGUAACUCAAAUAAAAUAUUGUAUGCCAUCUUUGAGAUUUCUUAGCUUACUUGGAAAUAAAGCUUGCCCAACACAACUGAUAGAUUUUGAAAAAGAUGAGAAUGAUUAUAAAAGAUAUAGGUAUUCUGUUUUAUAUUAUUUACCAGAGUUGAGAUUUCUUGAUUCAAGACCAGUUACUAAUGAAGAAUUAGAUGCUGCAAUGACUAAAGGCGAAUAUACCAAAAUCAUUCGUCCGAAACGUUUAAACGAACCACUUGACUGGAGAUCAACUUGUGGAUCCCAAUCUAAUGGAAAUAUAUCAAAUAUUUUCUCACCACUUUCUGCUAUUCCAACACAAGAAAUACAUCAUCAAGCUGCUUAUGGUCGACGUCGAUUCCGUUAUACUGGAAAACAAUCUGAGGGUAAUCGUUUUAUUUUAAAUAGAGAUUUAUAAAUUUUUGUUGCUCCAUUUAACAUAGCUGAGGAAACUAAGUUAUAAACAAGGUAUUAUUAUUUGCAAUUAAUUCAAACUACUUCAAUUUUUAUUUUAUUUAUAUAUUUUAAUACUGUGUUAUUGACUUAUAAGCCAUUUUAAACUAUGGUUAUUUUACUUUCAAAGAAUA